AUGCGAGGAGCAGCCAGCCCCGGAGUUGAGGACGUGUUGGUGGUGAACUGCUCGACAGACUUCAUGUCCUCUCACCAGGUGCUCGCCACCUGCCGGACGGCGCUGAAGAAGCAGGGGGUUGUGGGAUUGAACAUGGCUCCCUGCAUGAGAGCCUUCCUGGAGAGGCUGCCUGUUAUGCUGCAGGAGCAGUACUCAUACGAGAAGCCCCACGUAGUGUGUGGAGAACAGCUGGUCCACAGCCCCUACAUGCAGUGCCUGGCCUCCCUGGCCGUGGGGUUACACCUGGAUCAGCUCCUGUCCACCUGGUCACCCGGCGAGUGGGCGUGGCUAGACUGCUUCUCCACCACUGUGAAGGCAGCGGAGGCCCUGGCUCGGGGCAACACGUUCCCAGAGGCCUUUGCUGUUCCCGACCUGGAGCCUGUACCCAAGGAGGAGAUGGUCCUUCUCAUGGACAACAGUACAUGGGGUUCUGGUAUGGAUGAACAAAUCAUGUCUUGGGCCACCUCCAGACCUGAGGACUGGCACCUGGGAGGGAAGUGUGAUGUGUUUCUGUGGGGAGCUGGUCGACACGGACAGCUGGCAGAGGCUGGCAGAAACAUCCUGGUGCCCACCAACGCACCCUCCUUCUCACAGGCACAACAGGUGGUGUGUGGUCAGAACUGUACGUUUGUGAUUCAGGCUAACGGGACAGUGUUAGCCUGUGGGGAGGGCAGCUACGGCAGACUGGGUCAGGGCAACUCUGAUGAUCUGCAUGUCCUCACCGUCAUCUCAGCCCUGCAAGGCUUUGUGGUGACCCAGCUGGUGACGUCGUGUGGCAGCGACGGUCACUCCAUGGCGCUGACAGAGAGCGGUGAGGUGUUCAGCUGGGGAGACGGAGACUACGGGAAGCUGGGACACGGGAACAGUGACCGCCAGAGGCGACCGCGACAGAUCGAAGCCCUGCAGGGAGAGGAGGUGGUGCAGAUGUCCUGCGGGUUCAAGCACUCAGCGGUGGUGACCGCUGAUGGGAGGCUGUUCUCCUUUGGGAACGGGGACUAUGGCAGGCUUGGGCUGGGAAACACCUCCAACAAGAAGCUCCCUGAGAAGGUCACUGCGUUGGAGGGAUACCAGGUCGGACAGGUGGCGUGCGGUCUGAAUCACACCGUAGCCUUCUCUGCGGAUGGAAUGAUGGUCUGGGCCUUCGGAGACGGAGACUACGGGAAACUGGGCCUGGGGAAUUCUACCGCCAAGUCCUCACCUCAGAAGGUGGACGUUCUCUGUGGCCUCGGCAUCAAGAAGGUGUCCUGUGGAACUCAGUUCUCUGUCGCCCUCACUAGAGACGGCAACGUGUACACGUUCGGACAAGACCGACUCAUAGGGCUGCCGGAGGGCCGGGCCAGGAACCACAACCGUCCCCAGGUGGUACCAGCUCUGUCUGACGUGUUUAUACAGGAUGUGGCUGUGGGGGCCGAACACACACUGGUCCUGUCCUCCACCGGAGAGGUCUAUACCUGGGGCAGCAACUCAGAGGGACAGUUGGGUCUGGGCCACACCAACCAUGUGAGAGAGCCCACCCUGGUGACAUCACUACAGGGGAAGGACAUUCACCAGGUCUCUGCUGGUCGCUGUCACUCUGCUGCCUGGACCGCUCCUUCUGUCCCUCCCCGGGCUCCAGGGUCCUCCGUACCCCUCCAGCUCGGCCUGCCGUCAGCGGUGCCCCCCAAUUCAGCUCUCUGAGAGAGGUCAGCAUGGAGGCAGUCCGGGCCAGACUACGUAUUCUUUACCACUUCUCUGACCUCAUGUACUCAUCAUGGAGAUUACUCAACCUCAGCCCCAAC